GCCCGCCCCCGCUGCGCCGCGGGCCGGGGACAGGCACCUGCCGGCUCCGCUGCGCUCCCGCACCUGCGCCGCUCCCCCAGCCCCAGUCCGGGUAGGGCCGCACGGCGGGUACCGUUUCGCGGCGCGCAGGGCAUGGCGGGCCGCUGAGAUGAAAGUGACCGUGUGUUUCGGGCGGACGGGGAUCGUGGUGCCCUGCAAGGAUGGGCAGCUCCGCGUACGGGACCUGACCCAACAGGCCCUGCAGCGCUACCGCAAGGCCCAGGAGAAGGAUCCCAAUUCCUGGGUAAAUAUUCACCACCUGGAGUACACAGAUGGAGGAAUCCUGGACCCAGAUGAUGUACUGGCAGAUGUUGUGGAAGACAAAGAUAAGCUGAUUGCUGUUUAUGAAGAGCAAGAAACUCACCACAAGACUGAUGGCACCAAUGGUGAUUUGACAGACAGAAAUAGCCCAGACUCCUUUGAGACUGAGGUAGCAGCUCAGCUGGCUGCCUUUCAGCCCAUUGGUGGUGAGAUUGAAGUGACUCCUUCUGCCCUAAAACUGGGUACACCACUUCUGGUACGAAGGAGCAGUGAUCCAGCUUUGGGCCCACCUGCUGACUUCCAUGCAAGUGCUUCUCAUCCCAGUGACCACAGUCUCAAGCAUAUUGUGCCAGGUGUUUGCCAGGUAUCCUUUCAGGAUGGGGAGAUGAACCUCACUGGACCCACAGAACUCUUGCUUCAGAGGGCCCGGCUCCCUGUCAGUGAAAUGACAAAAACAGUGGAAAUUUCUGGUGAAGGUGGACCCUUGGGAAUACAUGUAGUGCCCUUUUUUUCAUCUUUGAGUGGAAGGAUGCUAGGACUCUUCAUCCGUGGUAUUGAAGAAGAUAGCAGAUCUAGGCGUGAUGGACUGUUCCAUGAAAACGAAUGCAUUGUCAAGAUUAACCAUGUGGACCUUACAGAUAAAACCUUUAUGCAGGCUCAGGACAUUUUCCGGCAGGCAAUGAAAUUUCCGAGUGUCACCUUGGAAGUCCUUCCUCCAUAUAAUCGAGAACAAUAUGAGAAGUCUGCUAUUGCUCCUCUUUGUUUUCUGGAUAAUGAAGGCGUUCCAAAACCAAAGAUUCCACCUCCCGUCCAUCCAAAACCUGCUUUGAAAACAAUUAGUCUUUCUGGAACAAGCAGCUUUGAGUCAGGUGUACAGGCAACACUACAACAAGCUAAGAGCCCCAACCUCCCACGUCUGGCUAGAAAGUUAUCUUCUCCCUCACUGUCUCCUCUUAUGGGCUUUGGCAAUAAAAAAAAUGCAAAGAAAAUAAAGAUAGACCUGAAAAAAGGUCCAGAUGGACUUGGUUUCACUGUGGUCACAAGAGACUCUUCAGUACAUGGUCCUGGUCCAAUUUUUGUGAAGAAUAUUUUGCCAAAAGGUGCAGCAGUAAAAGAUGGCCGUUUGCAGUCAGGAGACAGAAUCCUGGAGGUGAAUGGACGGGACAUUACUGGCAGGACACAGGAGGAGCUGGUAGCUAUGCUGAGGAGUACAAAGCAAGGGGAAACUGUUUCUCUGAUAGUGGCUCGUCAGGAGGAGGCCUUUCUACCUCGAGAACUGAAAGGAGAGCCAAACUGCAGUAUCCUUUCUCCAGAAACCACAGAGCAGCUGACCUUUGAGAUCCCUCUGAAUGAUUCUGGCUCUGCUGGACUUGGUGUGAGCUUAAAAGGCAAUAAAUCUCGGGAGACUGGAGCUGAUCUUGGGAUUUUCAUCAAAUCUGUUAUUCACGGAGGUGCUGCUUUUAAGGAUGGUCGUUUGCGAGUCAAUGAUCAGCUUGUUGCAGUAAAUGGGGAGUCACUUCUGGGCAAGUCAAAUCAUGAGGCUAUGGAAACACUGAGGCGCUCCAUGUCCAUGGAGGGGAACAUUCGUGGAAGGAUCCAGCUGGUAGUUCUGCGGAGGCUAGAGGUGCAGACAGAGGAUCACUCAGACCAGCAAGUCUUUCAAAAAUCAGCGUUUGAUGCGAGUCAUAACUUUGCAACUGCUUCCCAACACGACGAUGCUGUUCUUCAGCAGUUCAUAACAUGCAGUCCUCAGGAAAGAAUAAAAGAGUUGCCAGUGUCUGAUCGUGGCAAUGGUGAAAAUGAAACACCUCCACCUCUCCCACCACAUCCCAGCAAAGAUCUACUGGAUGAGGAUUAUACUCACAGCCCUAUCAUAAAUUCAGCAGUGCAUUUAACAGAUCAGCACAUCAACUUCAGAUCUUUGACACCAGCCAAGCAGCCUGAAUCAAUUAAUCUGAAAGCCUCAAAAAGCAUGGAUCUGGUGGCAGAUGAAAGCAAAGUUGGUUUGUUGGCCGGACACAGAUCAGACACUUCUGGCAAAGAUUUUGGUCCUACUCUGGGACUGAAGAAGUCCAGUUCUCUCGAGAGUCUUCAGACUGCUGUGGCUGAAGUUAGGAAAAAUGAACUCCCUUUUCACAGACCCAGACCUCAUGUGGUCCGUGGUCGGGGGUGUAAUGAAAGUUUCCGAGCUGCCAUUGACAAGUCUUACGAUGGUCCUGAAGAUGGAGAGGAGGAUGGUUUCUCUGAUAAGAGUUCUCACUCUGGUCAAGAAGCUCAGAACAUGGAAUCUCCCCCUCCAGGGAAUCCUGAAAUAGAAGAUGCUGAAUCCAAAGCAAAAAAGGAUAAAAAAAAUAGAGAGAAAGAGAAGAAAAAGGAAAAGGGCAAAUCUAAAAUCAAAGAGAAGAAGAGGAAGGAAGAGAAUGAAGAUCCAGAAAAGAAAAAGAAGAAGGGCUUUGGUGUCAUGUUGAGAUUUGGAAAGAAAAAAGAAGAUAAAAAUGGGAAAAUGGAUCAGAAGGGGAAUCCAAAGCAAGUCAUGCUUAAAGAGGAGGAGCUAGGGAAAAUGAAAGAUGAACGUGAAAGGAUUGGUGCAAGGCAUCAUGAGUUACGGCAGAAACAACUGAGAGGCUUGAGUGAUUAUUCUGCUGGUCCUGGAGGACCUGAUGUUGACGAUGAUGAGGUGGAUCCCAAUUAUGCCAGAGUAAACCAUUUUCGAGAGGCUUAUCCACCAGCAAGCAUUUACAGGCCAUCAUCACCAGUGGUAGCAGAAACCUUUGUAUAUCCACGUGAUUCUCCUUCAGCACCAGUGGAGAGGGAGCACUUGGAAGGACUGUAUGCAAAAAUAAACAAGCAGCACUACCCACAGACUCCUGGUGACAGUGGCUGCACAGGUGGUGGGAAUGCUGAUCGUAUCCAGAAAUUACGGAAGGAGUACCAUCAGGCCAGACGAGAAGGCUUACCUUUCUACGAGGAUGAUGAAGGAAGAACACAUCUGCCUGAUUAUGACCAGCAUUGGGUGCCUGGAAAAGGUCCAGAUGGGAGCUCAUACAAUCUCCAGUUUGAGGGAAUGGAAAGGCAGUAUGCAUCUUUACCCAGGCGUGGACCUGCAGAGCCACUGGAGUAUUUAACAGGACCACGAGUAAUAUACAAAGGAAGAGAUCUUCCCUACUAUCAAGGAGGGCAGCCUGUUGUCCACCCAUCUAAGGGGAACUACAUCCAUGCACCAGACACAAGAGUGGCAGAACUGAGGUACCCCCAGUACUACUCAGCCCAGCCCGUUGCAAACCAGCACAAAGGACCCCUCCGGCAGGAUGUGCCACCCUCCCCUCCUCAGUCGCACCGUGCGCCAGCUUAUAAUGAAAUCGCCCGACACCAUGGAACCAGUCCAGACCGGUACCAGUACAGGCAACAGGAUCCCAGGCAGAAGAACCCCAUGACUGCAGCUGUAUAGCCACACACUGGACAUGCCAGCACAGCCUGGGAGUAAUCCUGUCAGACAUCAUCGUUGUAGAAUUGUUGCCAAAUGUAACUGCCUGUAAGACCGGCACACAAGAGCAGUUCUUACUGAGCUGGGCUCAGCGUAGGUGCUUUCUAACAGGUGAACUAAAGCCACGUGAGGUACGAUGUGUUUGAGUAUGUGAGGUACCAGAAAGUUGGAUACUUUUUAAUUCCUUUUAAAAAUAGAAAGUGGCUGCUGGAAAUGAAGCACAACACUUAAUGCACCUCAGGGCUAUUUACCAUAUCCAGUUACACCUAUACAGCACAUAAUUGUCUGUAUGAGGGCUGUGGUGUCACCAGAGUUUACUUCAGAGUGCUGUUGCAGAGUCUGUAACUGAGAACGCAGCAUAAAAUACAGACUUUGUGCAGAGCUGGGGAUCUUGUAAUCCAGUAUGUGAUCAAGAGUUGACAAGGGAUUGCCACAGAGGUGGCAACCACAUUCCAGGCAUGUUCAGACCAGCAGCUCUGGCUUUAAGGAUGCUGCAGUUCCAGAUUUGUAAACUAGCCUCCGUCUUCCUUUCUGUUUGGUGGUGGCAGCUGUCUUGUAGCCUGCAAAAUGCAGUUUGUGUAGCAAGGUUCUCCUCUUACUGAACCUUCUGCAUUUGGAAUAAGGCAAAAUUCUAUCUGCCAUGCUUGGGCAGGCUCUCAUAGGACAAGGCAGUCACCUGAGCAAUGUUUUUCUGUAGAUCUGUGUUCAUGUGCUUGUGAGCAUUUCUUACUUACACAGUGUGCACUCUUUAAAUGUAAACCCUGGAGAUGGGAUCCUCAGCUGCUGUAAGGAAGUGCUGCCCUGGGGGUUUCCAUGGAGCCUGGCCUAUAAGAAGUGUCUGAGGAGGUGACUGUAGGCAUGGACUCCAUAAUUCCUAUUAAUUUACUCUAUUGGUGCUGCCUUGGCUCCAAGCAGGACAGCCCCUUCCUAGCCCACUCUGGCUGGGGUCCCAGUGAAGUACCUGCCAGUGGCAUGCCCUGCUCUCAUGUGAAGGCACCUGUUGGCAGGGUGCUGAGUCAAGCUCAGCCUUGGGCAGCACCAUGCUGGUGCCAAGUGCCAAACUACUCAAGUUCCUUCAGUCAGAGGCUAUUAGGCCAGCAGGGAAAGGGGCUUUUCAACAGCAAGGGGUUGAGGGAAAAGGCAAGGAAAGCAACAGAGAGGGCUUUAGAACCCAGAGGCCCAGGAGGAAUAGGAAAUAAUUGUCAUUUUAUAGCAAGAUACUUGUAUAGUGCAUAGGAAGAGAGAAGAUGUGGGUGGGGAGAAGGGCCCAGCAGCAGGGCAGAGCUGUGGGAGAACAGGGCAGUGGGUUACAUGCCCAGCUCUUUGCCCUGCACAGCCUGAGCUUGCUGUGCAGCCAGUCAGCCUGGAAGGAGGUCAGAAAUGCAUGUCCCCAGCCACAGGACCUGUUCUACCCAGCCCAGUGGGGCUGCGAGUGCCAAAUCCUUGUCUUCAGGAUUUUGUCACAGGGAAAUCAUACAGUCUUAACACUUAGAAAUACAUUUUAUGAAGUUUCCAAGUGUCCUUAAUUCCUCAACUUCUGCCUUUUGUUAGUGUUAUGAAGCCAUUUGGGCUCUUCUCCUUAUCGGGGAGAGACUGUGAUCUGGCCAAGGAUUCAGCACAAGGAUUUCUUUGAUAUCUUUUUGACACCUUUGGUAUGCCACAGAUUAAAUCACAAAGGUCACUUCCCAGGUAUUAAAUGUCACUGGGAAGGUUUGUACUGUUAGAAACACAUCUCUGUGGUAGACAUCCCUGGGAAAAGGGCUUGUUACAGUAAGAGAUCUAUAAGGUGCAGGGCAGGGUGGGUCUUUGCUCAACUGCUUUCCAGGGGCCACUGCAAGCAGGUAAUGGCCCUGAGGAGAAGCAGCAUUUAGUCCCAGCCAUCGUUCCUUCUGUGCUGCUAAUGCAGAUGAGACUAGCAUAGCCCUGAGACAGAGGGGGCACUUGUGGUUUCCCAGCUGCCUGGCAGACUCUAGCAUUUGCAUUCACACUGAUCUCUACCCACCAGCUGGACUGGGAAGCAGGCAAGAGGACACAGCUUUGGGGUGGUGGGGGAACAUCUUCAUGAUUCAGAUACAUGGCUGGACUCCCUGGAGCAGGGGCAGAUGCAGCUCUAAAUCCAGUCAGGAGGAAGCAUUGGUGGGAGGGAUAGAGGGAGAGGAAUGAAACCAAUUAUGAAGCAAGUGUGUUCGAUUCUUGUUCCAUUUCUUUCUGCCCUCUUCCCUAGUAAUGUAGGAGGGGAAAACCUCUGGAGGGAGGGUUGGAUGUAGAGCUGGAUGUCUCUCAGUACCCUCCAUAAAUAAGGCACAUUCCUCAAGGGAACUCUGCCUGUCGUGUACGUGCUGUACACAGCCUUGUACUUCUCUCAAAGAGUUUUGGAUGCUGUACGGUACUCAGCCAGGACUUGGCAGCCACAGAGCAGCCACUGGUGUUCUGAAAGCCCGUUGAAAGUGAAGCAAAAACAAAUUAAAAUACUUUCCUUUCCCUCCUUGAAAUAUAACCCCUGUUACAUUUGAUCCAGCUGUAAAGAAACCAGUGUAUUUGUGACAGUGGCUUUAUCAAGCCAGGCCACAAUUAAGAACAGCUCUGAAUAAAAGCUACUGCCUUUAUAAAUCACUCUUGACUAACCUUUCAAAUGGCAUCACAGCACAGUGAACAGAACUUAUUUAGAGUAUUUCAAGAGCCAGGGCCAAAUAAAAUCUGGAUGGAAACAGCUCCUGGGUUAUUUAUAGCCUUUGAAGGACCUGCACAAUUGUCUCCCCGUAACCUGAAUCUCUUCUUAAGAGCUCCCCUUGACCGUAUCUGCUCCACUUCAUUGAGGCAGACAAAUCAAAUGAACACCUUUUGAGCUGUUAAUUUUAAAUGAUGCUUCUGCUGUUAGUACAGAGCUUCUUCAAAAAAGGAAAGAAAAAAGUGCAACAGGUAUAAUAUAUGGAUGCAUCCUACAGAUGAGGACCAAGCUGGAGGAACAAGACCAAAAAGUAUUACGGAGCAUCUCGAUAAUCUCCGGUGCCAUUGUUCUGGGAGAAAAUUGCCAUUUGCUGGUUUAAUAUCUGGUAGAGGUAUGGUAUUUUCAAAAGUAUAAUGUGUAACUACAGUAUAUAUAGUCAGCUUCUCUGCAGUGUAAAAUGUAUGAUUUUAGCACCAUAUUGUGGAAAAAUAUGUACCAUGCAGAAUUCACGAGGUGCUACAACUGACGGUUGAAAAUACACACUUGUAAAAUCCAAAAGAGCCGUUAAGUAACAAGUUGUUCUUUUCCCCAUGUGUCCAUAUGUUUGGGAAAAUUAUGAGUCUGAAAUGCUCUUGACACAUAAUUGCCUCACACUCCUUCAUCCAAAAUGUGCCAGUCCAGCAGCAGAGUUACUGACGUAGCGGGUGUGAAGGGAAAGCUUGGGUUUGCCACAGGAGCAGCGUGCAUUAAGUGAACGUAUGAACAGGAGUCAAGACAAGGAGAAGAGAGGCCCACUCUCAUAUGAAGCUGGAAGCUUUGAUUUCCUGAGCUGGUAGCGUGAAGCCUGUGUUUCUGGCUCUGGCACAGGGCCAGCUGGGCCCAGUAGUUUAAAGAUUAAGAGAUAGAAAAAGAACCUGUGGAUUUUCUGAGUGACCACCCACUAGUGAGCCAUGAUCUUGGCCUGCGAGCAGACAUUACCACUGUGAUAUAUUAUGAUGCAGAAGUCUCUAGGCACCCCUCCAAUGCAUAAAGAAGUACCAAUUGCCCUUUGUGGAAACAAAAAGGGGAACUAAGCAUUAAAACAAAACAAAACAAAAAAACAAAAAACAACCCACACCACCUAAUAAGGCUUCUGCCUUGAAAAAGCUCAUGCAGCCAAUUCACUCCAGCUUCCUGAUCUAGAAAUAGCUUCACAUGCUGCCUAAUUUUUUUACAGAUGAAUUGUGCUACCUCCUCCACCCAGCCAUCACAGAUUUGUUUAUCAAAGAGUUAGUGUUGUGUGAGUGAAUCCUAUGACUGCUCUGCUCUGCCAGGGCCACAUCCUGACACUCUGCUCUGAGCAGAGGCUGCUUUGCACUUCCAAAAGGCCCUACACCUGUGCUUUCCAGCACAGUUGUUCUAUAGAGUCUCUAAGCCUUAUGUGCAAAAUGGGAGGCACUAUUCACUAUCUCUGCGGCGAAGGGAAGGCUUUGUAAGAUGCUGUUCUGUUAUUGUGUGGGGGAGAGAGGUGUUUGUGAUCCUGGCAAUACCUCUGUGUUUAAUUGAAAUUUUAAAGUCGUGCGUGGUUGUUUUGAGGGAGAAAUUCAACACACAAUUCGAGAAGUUUUUUCUAGAACCACAUCAAAGAUUUUUGAUCUUUUGUUACAUAUGGCUAUAUAAAUUUUAACUGUUUUAUUUUGCAUUAAAAUAAAGGC